GUGAUCCAAUUGACCAAUCGUGUUGUUUAUUUUCUGCAGCGUACCCUGCGCACUGAAGAUGCGCAUAAGCAAUGCAACUACACAAAAUGCCGUCUGAGUCGAAACCUUUGUUGACAGCUCAAACUGAGAAGCCAAAUCAUUAUUCGUACUUGAAGGAAUUCCGUGUGGAGCAAUGUCCCUUGUUUCUACAACACAAAUGCACUCAGCACAGACCUUUCACUUGCUUUCACUGGCAUUUUAUGAAUCAACGUCGUCGACGUCCUGUGAGAAAAAGAGAUGGAUCAUUUAAUUACAGUGCUGAUAAUUAUUGCACAAAGUAUGAUGAAACUACAGGAUUAUGUCCGGAAGGAGAUGAAUGCACUUUUCUACAUAGAACUGCUGGUGAUACUGAAAGAAGGUAUCACUUGAGAUAUUACAAGACUUGUAUGUGUGUUCACGACACCGAUUCCAGAGGAUUUUGCGCUAAAAAUGGCCCUCAUUGUGCAUUUGCUCAUGGAAAUCAUGAUUUGAGACCACCAGUCUAUGAUAUCAAAGAGAUUCAAGCAUUAGAAAAUCCAGAUGGGGAUGCUAAUGCGUCAUGUAAUGGGCCAAAUGUUUUAGAUAAAGAAAGGAAUUUAAUGAAUGAAGAUCCAAAGUGGCAAGAUACUAACUAUGUGUUAUCAAGUUAUAAAACAGAACAAUGCAAGAGACCUCCACGUCUCUGUAGGCAGGGAUAUGCCUGCCCACAAUAUCACAAUAGCAGAGAUAAACGUAGAAGCCCACGCAAAUUUAAAUACAGAUCCACUCCGUGUCCCAACGUGAAACACGGAGAUGAGUGGGGUGAGCCUGGUAACUGUGAGAGUGGCGAUAUGUGUGGCUACUGUCACACCAGGACUGAGCAACAGUUUCACCCGGAAAUUUACAAGAGCACAAAAUGCAAUGAUGUCCAACAAGCUGGCUACUGCCCGCGUGGCGUUUUCUGCGCCUUCGCCCACGUUGAUCAGGAAAUGAGCAUAGCAAGGGAACUUGCUGCACCGUUAGAUAUAGGAACAAAUCUUGCGGAUAUUCUGUCCAGUGCUCUGCCCACUCAGAAAAGGGAUCAAAAGAGCAGCGAAUCAUCUAACGGUAGCGGCGAGGGUAGUGAAUGUGCAAGCACAAGCAGUCUUGGUUCAAAUAGUUCACAUAAUAGAGCGCCCGGGGCCCAAUUGGCCCAUAAUCGGUUGGAUAACCACAUAGGCUCGGCCAACCACUCAUUUUCACAGUUGCAUCAGCAUAACACUAUGCAGGCAGAAUUAAUAAGGAAUCAAAUUAUGGCAUUAGACAACGAUCCUCUGAUGGAUCCGGUUGAAAAGGCGCAAAGAAGACAGAGCCUGUACAUGGCACUGCAUGGCCUGAGCAAUCAAAACCUAAAUAAUAGUCAACAGCAGCAAUCGUCGUUGAUUGCAAUCUCGCCAAUGAGCAAUCAUUUCUACCCCCCUUGUGAUACCAUAGAAUCCGUUGUCGGAAACGCAUUAGAUGAUCUAAAUUUAGACGAUCCGUUAGGCCUUGUUUCAUCGUCAAUAGAUAGGGAUUUCGAUACUGAAUCACCGACGAAUCCAAUCGCAAAUCCAAUAUCGGCUAGUUUUGCCAGCUCAGGUCUUCUCGGUAGUUCGGCCCCUGUUAAUAUUCCUGGAAGUAGCAAUAAUAGUUUAUCUCAAUUCUCCCCGUCAGCAUCAUCACCACUACAUCCUCUCCAUUCAGGAUUCCUGUCGACGUCUAGGUUUUCGCAUCAGGAGCCACUUGAUUCAGCAUUCAUGCCAUCAGCGACCGCCCACCUGGCUCAACAGCUGAGCAGCAGUGCGUCGAAACUGGGGAGUUUCCAGGGCACAGGCAGUGGCCUCUAUGACUUCAGCAUGUCCCCGACCAGUCGGCCUUCUGCCCCCCUCUCACUCUCGCACUCGCCCAUGGUCCACAAUUUCUCCGUCAGUCCCUCGUUCCCUGGACAGUCUCCUGAGCUUCUAAAACUGAAAGAAGAAGUGGCAGUGAAUAACAGUAAAAUAGCGUCGUAUGAAGAACAAAUCACACAGGCAAGAGGAGCGUGCGGCGCGUGGCAGAAAGAGGCAGAGGAUGCCAAUAGGAAGGCAAACAUUGCAGAACUGCAGCGUGAUGAGGCGAUGUCUCAGGCGAAGGCGUUACAGCAAGAGGUGGACCUGUUGCAGGGAUCGCCCUACCUGCAUGGCGUCCGCAGGAUAUCAGAGCUGCGCACACUUUCUCUGUCAACGCUCAAGUCCAUCAAAGAACAGCUCAAAAGCGAUCUCGACGAAGUAGAAAAGGUAAUCUACUUGCAAACAGCUGCCAAAUGCAUGGUCUGCGAAGACAGGAACCGCACAGUGACUCUGGGACCCUGCAAUCACUACGUGCUCUGCAGCAGCUGCGCUCCUAUGGAGAAGGACUGUCCCUACUGCUAUACACCUAUCGAGGUCACUGCUCACUCCUCGCCCACCAUCUCUAAUUCACUCCAGACGUAGUCACUCAAUCAACCGACUAACGACCCCGAGUGAUAGGUUACUUCAAAGUGAUUACUUUGUAUAGUUCGACAACAGUUUUCACUGGUAGUGAUUCUACUUUCUACUUCAAAGUGAUUAAUUUUUCUAGUAACUAAUGACCCCGAGUGAUAGACUACUUUCCACUUCAAAGUGAUUACUUUUUAUAAUUCGAGAACUGUUUUCACUGGUAGUGAUUCUACUUUCUACUUCAAAGUGAUUACUUUUUCUAGUAACUAACGACCCCGAGUGAUAGAUUACUUUCCACUUCAAAGUGAUUACUUUGUAUAAUUCGAGAACCGUUUUCACUGGUAGUGAUUCUACUUUUUACUUCAAAGUGAUUACUUUUUCUAGUAACUAACGACCCCGAGUGAUAGAUUAUUUUCUACUUCAAAUACUUGUGUAAAAGAAACGAGACGUGGCCGCGCUACCUGUACCCUGAGCUAUUGUUCCAAAAAGGUUCAUCCUCUAACUCCCGACUAGCAUACUUUAUUGUCUUCUGAUUCCGCUUCAUCACCCUCAUUAGUGGCCCCGUGUGGUUUAUUGAAGGCACUUCUAGUUGGAAGCUGGUAGCACCAACUUAUCUAUAAUUUAUUUACAUUUUUUACAAAGAAACAC